AUGAAGCUGCACUUCCCCGGUGCUCUGUUCCUGGCGGCCGUGCUGGCCGCAGGUGUUUCCGCGCAGAUCAGCUUCAACACCUGCGUCGGGCCGCCGACCUCGGACUACUGCGGGGCGGGCGGCGCGUGCGAACUGCCGGACGGGUCCCUGCUGUGCUGCGACGGGGCCAUCAACUGCGGCGGCAACGGGGUGUGCAUGGCAAUUGAACUGGCGCCGAGGCUGGGAGAGAAGAGCGUCGACGACGAUGAGCCGGAGCCGACGUGGGCCUGUUCUGUUGGUGGUCCGCACGACGGGGUGAAGAACGAGGAGCUACGGGAGCGGGACGAGGGAGAACAAAAACGGAACAUUGAUAAAGCUGUGGAGGAGGAGAGUCACCGUAAACAUCAGACCUCAGAGAAAGUGAAAUUACGUUGUGCAUUUACUGGAUAA